AGCACUUUAAUUGAUAAAAAGUUAUUUUUCACGAAUAUUUUUAUAUAAAAUCCCCUUAAACUAAGAAAACUCGUCAAAAUCCUCUUUAUGAGCGAUUUGAUCGUUAAUUAAGCGCAAAAAAUCAACAAAUUACCAAAGGACAAAUCCACAAACGGGACGAAAAAUGAGUUGGGAAGACUUUUAUUUGGAACAUUUGCCUCCGAGUGACUUUGAGGAUACUCGCCAGUUGCUGAAGGAAUUUUGUGAUAGACAUAAAAAGUUGAACAGUAACAUUGUACUUGUCACGUCGGGAGGCACGACAGUCCCCUUGGAACACAACACGGUCCGUUUUGUGGAUAAUUUUAGUGCGGGCACAAGAGGUUCAGCUUCGGCGGAAUAUUUUUUGGAAUAUGAUUACGCCGUGAUUUUCAUGCAUCGACAAAAAUCGCUGGAACCUUUUACGCGUCAUUUUCAUGGGCAGCAAUUUUUAGAUAUGCUGGAAUUGCACGAAAGUGGCCCCAGUACUACAAUUACGGUCAAACCUGAUUCCGUGGAUGUGCUGGCGCCGAUUUUGUCGCGUUACAAACAAGCGCAGGAGGCAAAAAAACUUCUCUACAUCGAUUUUACGAGCGUCGUCGACUACAUGUGGCUCCUUCGUGCCGCCUGCGAAUGCCUCGCUUCCUUCGAUAAACAAGCUUUACUGUACUUGGCAGCUGCUGUCUCGGAUUUUUACAUUCCCUCCGACGAGAUGCCGACACACAAGAUGCAAUCGGGACAGGGAGCGCCCACAAUUUCCCUUCAAUUAGUGCCAAAAAUGCUCGCGCCUCUCGUCAGUCUCUGGGUCCCCAAUGCGUUUGUCGUUAGCUUCAAACUCGAAACGGACGACAACCUUCUCAUCACAAAAUCCCGCGAAUCGCUUAACAAGUACAAGCAUAAACUCGUAAUUGCCAAUAUUCUGCAGACGCGGAAGAAUCGCGUGGUUUUCGUGACGCCCGAAACGUCGUACGAGAUCAUUUUGACGCGCGAUCAACAAUUGAGUGGCCUUGAAAUUGAACAACCCAUUGUGGCGGAUUUGGUGCGUCGUCACGAGGAACAUAUGACGGGCGAGGAGGAAUGACCGUUGAUCAGUUACGGCAGUCAGUCGUCGCUCAAUCGCAGAUCUUUUCACGAGAAUCAACAAUAUCCGGCAGAUUGUAACGUCACGACGCCGCACUUUUGCAAGGUACUGAACCCGGGUUACAAUUGGAAAUACUAAAACUAAAAUUUAAAUGAGAGAAGCACAAAAAAGUAACUUUUUUUUAGAACAAAGACAUAUUUAUCACAAGUUAACAUGAGACGAUUAUUAAUACUUCAUAGAUAGUUGAAUGGUGAAUGUUUUAUAAUUUGAUAUUUUUUUAAAGAGCAAAUGUGUAAUUUUUUACUUUUUGGCGGAAAAUUAUCAAAAUGUGCAUUGGGAUAAGAAUUUAUUGUUUAUUUAAACGCAUAUUUUGAUAAUUUUUGACAAAUAUUUAAAAGAUAAGGUUAAAAAAUAAUUUUAAAAAAUAUGACAGCUGUCAAAAAAUAUUUCAAAAUGUCAAAUUUAACGAAUU